AUGUCACACCCCUCCGGCGACGUCGUCGCUUCAAACGUGGAAAAGUCCAUCGUUGUGCAGGAAAAAGAACCCCUCCCAUCAGACUCUGUUCUGCUGUCUGACGAGAAAGCUCCACUCGAAACGGUGGUCAAGCUGCCCUCGCUGGGCUCUGAGUUGGAGCAAGGCGAGGAUGACGGCAGAGAACCCACGGCGGAAGAAAUGAAGAAAUUGCGCCACGUUUCCGAGAAAAUCCCGCUUCGUUGUUGGCUUGUGGCUAUCGUCGAGUUGGCUGAACGUUUCUCCUACUACGGUUUGUCCACGCCGUUCCAGAACUACAUGCAAAAUACGCCCGAAGACACCCCUCGUGGUAUUCUCGGCUUGAACCAGUCCGGUGCCACCGCCUUGUCGUACUUCUGGCAGUUCUGGUGCUAUGUUACGCCUAUCUUCGGUGCCUGGAUCGCAGACACCUUCACCGGCAAGUACAACGCCAUUUGUAUUUUCUGCGGUAUCUACUUGGUGGGCAUUAUCGUCCUUUUCGUCACUUCCAUCCCCGCUAUCGCUUCCAGAGACACCUCGCUUGGUGGUUUCAUUGUGGCCAUCAUCGUCAUUGGUCUCGGUACUGGAGGUGUGAAAGCCAACGUUUCGCCCUUGAUUGCCGACCAGGUGCCCAAAAACAAGCCCGUCAUCCGUGUGCUCAAGUCCGGCGAAAGAGUCGUCCAGGACCCCAACAUCACCAUCCAAAACGUCUUCAUGUUCUUCUACCUCAUGAUCAACGUGGGCUCGCUUUCCGUCAUUGCAACCACCACCUUGGAGCACCAGAUCGACUUCUGGGCCGGCUUCCUCUUGCCCUUGUGCUUCUUCUGCAUUGCUCCGCUUGUGCUCUUUUUGGGUAAAAAGUACUACGUCAAGGUGCCCGUGGGUGAACAGGUUAUCGCCAGAUCCUUCAAGUGCACCUACAUUGCCAUCAAGAACAAGUUCAAUUUCGAUGCUGCCAGACCUUCGCUUCACCCCGAGGCCGGCUACCCAUGGUCUGAAAAAUUCGUCGAAGAAGUCCGCAGAGCUCUCUACGCUUGUAAGGUGUUUGUCUUCUACCCCAUCUACUGGUUGGUGUACGGCCAGAUGAUCAACAAUUUCGUUUCCCAGGCCGGUCAGAUGGAGCUCCACGGACUCCCCAACGAUAUCUUGCAGGCCAUCAACGCCUUGACCAUCAUUAUCUUCAUCCCCAUCUGUGAGCGUUUCGUCUACCCCUUCAUCAGAAGAUUCACGCCCUUCAGAGCCAUCACCAAGAUCUUCUGGGGCUUCAUGUUUGCAUCCAGUGCCAUGGUUUACGCCGGUGUGCUCCAGCACUUUAUCUACCAGCAGGGUCCUUGUUACGAGUUCCCAAUGCAGUGUGCUGAGGAGUACAGAAACACACCCAACGAGAUCCACGUUGCCAUCCAGACCCCCGCUUAUUUCUUGAUUGGUAUGUCGGAGAUUUUGGCCUCCAUCACCGGUUUGGAGUACGCCUACACCAAGGCUCCAGUGACAAUGAAGUCCUUCAUUACUUCCCUUUUCCUUGUCACCAACGCCUUCGGUUCUGCUAUCGGUAUUGCUCUUUCGCCUACUGCCGAGAACCCCAAGUUGGUCUGGACCUACACCGGAUUGGCUAUUUCGUGUUUCAUUGCUGGAUGUCUCUUCUACACCAUCUUCAAGAGCUUCAACGACAAGGAGGACGAGUUGAACCAGUCGGACUACAUGGACGAGGACGAGGUGAACAUCCAUCCUAUUACCUCCAUCACGGAGUCCUUGGCCAACCGCUAA